AUGACCAGAACUACUAUUACUGACCAAAAUGGACCUUCGGAUAUUGCUGGUGUAUUUAAAGUCAUGUCAAUUUCAAUCAGUGCCCUUGAAGAAGGGGAAGUUGACACCGCUUAUAUGACCAAACUUGCUAAGCUUGCCACUGCUGAGAUUAUUUCAUCAAAGGUUUAUGGGGUCCCACCUUUUUGGGAAGAAUCUGAAAAUGAGAUAUUUGAAGAGGUUUUGAGGGGUAAACUCGACUUUUCCUCAGAUCCACGACCUAGUAUCUCUGAAAGUGCUAAAGAUUUGGUUAGGAAAAUGCUUAUUAAAGACCCCAAAAGACGAAUAAUAGCUCAUGGUGUUCUUUCAGCGACACAAAUUGAAUCAGCUCUGGAAUGCAGUCGUGAAUUGGCUCCGGAAAAUUGUCAAUGUACGGAAACAAAAAAAAUGUCAAAUUUGUAAUAAAAUAUUAUGCAAUGGAUUCUAUUUCUUGUAUACGAUAUUUUGUAUGAC